AAAGCAUCAAAUCAAAUCUAAGCAAACAUCAAACUACCUACCUAAACAAGGCCUUAUCAUUCAUAACCAUUUCUCAUAUUUCUUGUUAAUUCUUUUUUUUCUUAAUUCUUCCUGCAAUCUCACACACACCCUCUCUCAACGCGUCGCGUCGUGCUGGCAAUUCUGUUUCCCCAUUUCGCUGGCCACUUCUUCAAUCUUCUCUUCAGCUUCUUUCUUUAAACAACCAUAACCCCAUUCCAUUCCUUUUGGAAAUUUUGAUCCUAAAUUGUUGUCCUCAAUUCAUAUUUUCUAUGCAUUUUCCUUCUUCGCAUUUUCCUCGCCAUUUCUAAUUGAAGAUUUUUGAGACAAUUCAGAAAUGGCUAAGGAAAACUUGACGAAGGAAAAUUUGGCUGAUGAAAUUAGAAAGGCUUUGGCUCCUACGCCAUUAUCAACAUCGCUCCUCGGGGACGCCAAUCCUCCGAAAACCUCACCGUCUUCUUCUCCGCCACCGCCACCUUCCCCGUCUCCGCCACAAUCUCCACCGCCUGCUCCGCUAACGUCGCCGCCUCCUCUGCAACCUUCCACGCCUCCACCGAGCUCACCUCCUCCUCCUUCUUCGUCAUCGCCUCCCCCAACUCCACCAUCUUCGCCGCCUACAUCAUUGCCGCCACCACCUUCCCCAACCGGCAACACUCCCCCUCCAUCGCCACAAUCACAAACCCCUCCUCCCCCGGCCAUUUCUGCUACAAAUUCCACUACACCUUCCCCUAGUGCUACUCCUCCGCCGACACCAGCUGGUUCAGGGCCAGGGCCAACCCACCCUCCGCCACCGCACGCUUCCCAUUCAAAACCAAGUGAUUCUUCUUCUUCUAAAACCCACUCCCACUCCCCCUCACCAUCCCCCAGUCAUAAAACAGAAGUAGGACAAUAUGUUGGUCUUGCGGUCGCCGCGGUUGUCCUUAUUAGCUUUGUUGCUCUCAUACUUUUUCUUGUAUUGAGAAAGAAGAACAAACGAGUACAUGUCUAUGGCAUGCCACCCCCUAAGAAAUCUCAAAUGAAAGGAGAUGUGCAUUACUAUGUGGAGGAGCAUGGUUAUGUGAAUGGUAUGCAAGAUGGGUAUUAUAACUCACAACAUACGGGUGGCGUGCAUCAUAUGAGAACGCCUUCAGAUCCAGCACAGCACAUGAACACUGGUCAGAUAUUAUUCGGUUAUGACACGAUUGUGGAAAUUACCAAUGGGUUUGCAAGUGAAAAUGUGAUAGGGGAAGGAGGGUUUGGGUGUGUUUACAAGGCUUCUAUGCCGGAUGGUAGAGUGGGAGCGGUUAAGCUGUUGAAGGCUGGUAGUGGCCAGGGCGAGAGGGAGUUCAAGGCCGAGGUGGAGAUUAUUAGCCGUAUCCAUCAUCGACAUUUAGUCUCGUUACUUGGUUACUGCGUAUCCGAGCAGCAAAGAGUGCUUAUCUAUGAGUACGUUCCUAACGGGAAUCUCAAUCAGCACUUGCAUGGAAGUGAAUGGCCAGUUUUGGAUUGGUCUAAGAGGAUGAAGAUAGCAAUUGGGUCUGCAAGAGGCCUGGCAUAUCUACAUGAAGGAUGUAAUCCAAAGAUUAUUCAUAGAGACAUUAAGUCAGCAAACAUACUUUUGGAUGAUGCUUAUGAGGCACAGGUUGCAGACUUUGGACUUGCCAGACUAACAGAUGAUGCUAAUACACAUGUAUCAACUAGGGUGAUGGGGACCUUCGGGUACAUGGCUCCAGAGUAUGCCACAAGUGGUAAAUUAACGGAUAGAUCAGAUGUUUUCUCAUUUGGAGUUGUUCUCCUGGAGCUUGUAACUGGAAGGAAACCUGUUGAUCCAUCGCAGCCUGUGGGCGAUGAGAGUUUGGUUGAGUGGGCGCGUCCACUUCUCCUUGCCGCAAUUGAGUCAGGUGACUUUGGUGAACUAGUAGACCCAAGGCUUGAACGGCAAUACGUUGACAGUGAAAUGUUCAGAAUGAUCGAGGCAGCUGCAGCAUGUGUUCGCCAUUCUGCCCCUAAAAGACCUAGCAUGGUUCAGGUGGCUAGAGCCUUAGACUGCGGAGAUCAACUACAUGAUCUAUCUAAUGGGGUGAAAUAUGGUCAGAGCACUAUUUAUGAUUCUGGCCAGUACAAUGAAGAUAUCUUGAGAUUCAGAAGGAUGGCCAAUGGAAGCUUUGAUGAUUCCGAAUUUAGUAUGUACAGUACAGACUACAAUUCAAGAGAGAUGUCUGGACCGAGUCCAUGGGUGCCACAAAGCUCAAGUGGCGAUUCAGAAACUAGAGCUUUCCACGGCCAAAGGGGAGUUUCUGAGCAAAGAUCUUGAGGGAACACAAUUACCAUUGCAAUAAUGAGUAUAGGCAUCAUGGAGUUCAAAGCUGAUGGAUUUAACCAAACUAAUUUCGCGAAACUCUUCCUCAAGAAACCAAAAGAACUCCCCUUCAUGGUAUUACAUCAUCUUAAAAAGCACCAUGACAAAAUUUUGGAUUUGCAGGGAUUGAACUAUGACAUUCAUUCGAACCUCCCAAUCCUUACGGCCAUGAAAGUUCACUUAUACUGAGAUUGCACUUGUUUGACUUAUGCCAAGCAAAAAUGUGUCUGUCCCUUCAACUUUUGUCCUUGUUUCUUUCCCCCCAUUGAUUUUUUAAUAGCGGGGGACGUUGAAAGCUUGUAGUAUAAUUGUUGAGGCUACUUUCUAAUAGCUACUGUUAUAAAUUAGAUGUUUCUUGUUGAUGCUGGAAAUGGAUGAUUGAGUUUUUUACUGCACAUUUUCAAUCACGCAUUGAGUUAUUAUAAAACAAUUAUAGUACUGAUAAGAUGGCUUGUGUUUUUCUA